AUGCUGAGUGAGUGGCAGCUGAGGUCCAGAGUAUGGUGUAUCGGUCGCCUGGUCUCUGUGGCCCACCACAUCUGUGGUCUGUGCUGGGGCAGCAUGGGCUCAGGGACCAUAGAUCUGAUCCAGACUGCCAUUUGUGUGAAGUUGGAGCCCCUGAGGACCGUGGUGCUGGAGCUGUUCAAAGAGAGCUGUGGCUACGAGAUCCCACCAGGCAGCAAGAUGCUCUUCUACAUGGCCAUAGUAAAUUCUAGCUUAAAGGGAGUGAUUUGGCCACACUGCGCUGUUCAAAGAGCUGGCCAGGCUGCUCCACGUCUUGGCCAUCCAGGUGCAGACCCCUGGCCAUCCAGGUGCAGACCCCUCCCCUGGAGGGAGAACCCUUACCUGGACAGGAGCCUCCCCUGA